AUGGCACCAUCGACAGCAGCAUCAAUGUCAGCAUCUUCAAAUACAAUGAAAGGCGCGUUACCGCCCAACUCAAAGGAGACCUUCUUGAGAGUAGAUGCAGCUUGCUUCAUGAGGAUUCUACCCACGUUGGUAGAACCAGUGAAGGUAACUUUGCUGACCAAUGGAUUCUCGCAAAUCUCUCUACCAACAUCUUGGACAUGUUCAUUAGUGGUCAACACAUUAACAACACCCUUGGGAAUACCAGCUUCCUCAGCCAGGUAUGCUAACGCUAAUGCGGAAUAUGGGGUCUCAGCAGCAGGCUUGAUGACAGUAGUACAACCUGUUGCAACAGCAGCACCAACUUUCCUGGAAAUCAUCGAAGCAGGGAAAUUCCAGGGAGUGAUGAUACCGCAGACUCCGACGGGUUGUUUAAUUGUGUGGAUUCGGGUAUUGGGAUUUUGA